GAACUCGCGGGUUCGGAGCCGCCAGCUGAGGUCAGAAGGAGGCGUCUGCGCCGACCGAGGCCGUCGCACGCCAGAGCCGGAGUCGGAGCCGAGGGGAGUAGGGGUCGGAGCCCGAGCUCGAACCGAGCCAAGCCGGAGCCCGAGCGAGCGGCGGAGACUGUGCCCCCGCCUCGGCCCCGCGCCGCCGCGGCCAGGCCCGGCAUGGAGGAGGAGUGCCGGGUGCUCUCCAUACAGAGCCACGUCGUUCGCGGCUACGUGGGCAACCGGGCGGCCACGUUCCCGCUGCAGGUUUUGGGAUUUGAGAUCGACGCGGUAAACUCUGUCCAGUUUUCAAACCACACAGGCUAUGCUCACUGGAAGGGCCAAGUGCUGAAUUCAGAUGAGCUGCAGGAGUUGUACGAAGGCCUGAAGCUGAACAACGUGAAUAAAUAUGACUACGUGCUCACAGGUUAUACGAGGGACAAGUCGUUCCUGGCCAUGGUGGUGGACAUUGUGCGGGAGCUGAAACAGCAGAACCCCAGGCUGGUAUAUGUGUGUGAUCCAGUUUUGGGUGACAAGUGGGAUGGCGAAGGCUCGAUGUAUGUCCCGGAGGACCUCCUUCCCGUCUACAAAGAAAAAGUGGUGCCGGUUGCAGACAUUAUCACGCCCAACCAGUUUGAGGCCGAGUUACUGAGUGGCCGGAAGAUCCACAGCCAGGAGGAAGCCUUGGCGGUGAUGGACAUGCUGCACUCUAUGGGCCCUGACACCGUGGUCAUCACCAGCUCCGACCUGCCCUCCCCGCAGGGCAGCGACUACCUGAUUGUCCUGGGGAGCCAGAGGAGGAGGAAUCCCGCUGGCUCCAUGGUGAUGGAACGCAUCCGGAUGGACAUUCGCAAGGUGGACGCUGUCUUUGUGGGCACUGGGGACCUGUUUGCUGCCAUGCUCCUGGCGUGGACACACAAGCACCCCAAUAACCUCAAGGUGGCCUGUGAGAAGACCGUGUCUGCCUUGCACCACGUUCUGCAGAGGACCAUCCAGUGUGCAAAAGCCCAGACCGGGGAAGGAGUGAAGCCCAGCCCCAUGCAGCUGGAGCUGCGGAUGGUGCAGAGCAAAAGGGAUAUCGAGGACCCGGAGAUCGUCGUCCAGGCCACGGUGCUGUGAGGGCCGCGCCGCUCACCCGUGACGCGCAGCGCGUUGGUGUCUCCAUGUUUGUCCCUGUGAAAACAUGUAACGUCUGCCUUAGAGCCAUGACCGAAACUUGAUAUUUUUUUCUUUCAUGA